AUGCCCGAUAAUCGAGCUAGAUAUAUAGCCACAGCAAUACAGGUUAUCCUUCUUGGUGCUGUGACAUAUUACGGUGUAAAAUGGUUGGUAGAUGUGCUAGAUCCGACAAAAAAGAGUCGCUUGGCUGCGCAAAAACAGGUGAGCGUACGUACGUCAAACCAAACCAAAAGCUUCAGACUAAAAACGAAGCUUAAUUUUCAAACUGAAGUGAUGUUACCAAGUAGAAAAACAAGGUGUAUCAAUAAGGAGAUGUUGUAAUUUUCUAGACAAAUAAUCUGUUUUGGCCUUUCUUUGUGAUAUUUUUUAGGCUGAACAACUGUUAAAGAAAAUUGGUGUUCAAGGAGUCAAGGUAGGGUACAGCCCAGUAUCAGGGCUGUUUUUUAAGGGCCGGGGAUUUCUCCUGGCUGCUAUAAUCAUCAUCCCCGGCUGCUUCUAUAGGAAAACAGAGGAAAACUAGAUCCAAAAGCCGAAAUCAAUAGCUGUUUGAUUCCUCACCUAAAUCUUGUAUUUAGCCGGCAACUUGAAACAUUCAAUGGAAAGGUGAUUUGUAAACUAAAGCAUGUCUAGUAAAAUAAAUAAUAUUAUAUAGAUGUUGUUAAUAUUGGUUAGUUUUAAAAACUUCCAAUAUUGCAUCAGCAUGAUUUGUUGUUAACUGCUAAUUUAAUCUGGUGUGGUUGAAAGGAGAUCACUGUCUCACUACUGAACAACAACAAAACAUUAAAGUUGGAUUUGUAAACCAUUUAAGCCAAUCAGAAUUUAAAUUGCAAGUUGAGGGCAUUUCAUCAAAUCUAGGUACAGCUGUACAAUGGUAGGACAUAUGAGCCCCUAGGCCAAACAUAUGGGCAGGAAUUAUUGGAACAAGGAUGACUUUAAUAGUUCAGAUGCCCGGGAGGGCUGCCUGAAGUCUAUUUAUGUUUUGGUUGUAAACAUUGAUGCUAAAAUAAAAAUAACAUGAAUUUGUAGUUUUUGCCACUUACCUUGUAGUUAAGUGAAUAUGAGCUGACAGUAGCAGCUGAUAUUGUGGAUCCAUUAACUCUGCCAAUCAGUUGGAAGGACAUAGGAGGACUCCGAGAAACAAUUGAUGAAGUCAAAGUAAGACUAAGCACUUAUGCUCCAUUUGAAUGUUAGGGCUUUAACCAGGAAAAAGUGCAUUUCUUAUCUUGGAUUUCUCUGAUUUUCAACAAACAUGAUUGUGAAACAUUGUUGUACCUGUGACCCUUGGCAACUUAGUCUUGAGUUUGGGUGACGAAGAACUCUUAGUGUGCUUUCCAUUUGUCAAAACUGGCUAGCCAGACCAUUCCUGCUGUAAUGAGAAUUUCACCUUUUAUCAAAACUAUCCAGCCACAGCGUGCAAAGAAAGUAGUGUCCGAUAGCCCGGGGCUAGUGGACUUUUCUAUCGGGCUAGUGAAUUCUGCUUUUAACUUGCCCGACGGGCAAGUCAUAUUUUUUAAGGAAUUCGAAUAACAGAAGAACUGGCAAUCAGUUCUGCUCGUCAAAAAGCUUUUUGGGCUAGUUGAGAUGACGUCUAGGCUAGUGAAUGCUAUCUUCAGCUUGCCCGAAUGGCAAGCAGUAAAAAUGAUUUUCUUUGCACCCUGAGCCAGAUCAGUCAAUUAAUUUAAUCAAUACAUGCAUGGGGUUGAUGGCUUUUGUUGUGAAAACUCCUUAAAGAGCCUCUUUCAUUUUCAAAACGACUAGUCUAGCUGGCCAGUUCUGAUUUUUGGAAAGUGCCCCUUACAGUUUUGGCACAUGUCAUAAAAUUUAAUGUUGGACAUCCUACAUUCAUGGGUUUAAAGAAUCAGUUAUUAUUUUUCCUAUCUAAGAAAGCUUGGUUAGGUACUCUGUGUUCAAUCUAGAAAUUGGUCAAAGUGGGUCAUAUGUCCCACAUGGCAUUUUAAAUUCAAGGGUCAUUUAAAAAAUGGAGUUGGUCAAACUAUAAUAUUGAAUCUUUGAACAACCCUGAUGGACAUCUUAGAGCUUUUCAUAUUCAACUGCCAUUCUCUUUCUUGUAAAAAAUGAACUUACACUUUAGCUUUUGUUGCCAUUUCAUAAUGGAACAAAAACAAAAGAAUAAAGUCAACAAAUGAAGGGUGAAUCGAUCGGCAAAGCAAUGUAUGCAGAGAGUCCAAACGUACGCUCUGGUCUCUCUCAGAAUUGGGUGGAAUACCUGACAUAAAAACUACUUGUAAGCACAAAGUCUGAAAUUAAAUGACCGUCAUUCCGUAUGCUCAUUUCUGACUAGCAAGUACACCUUUUCUUAAAAUUUACUUUUAUUAUUACCUGCUGCUUUGGAAGUACUUAUAUAUAUUUCAGGAAGCACUUUUUUGUGUCAGCAUGACUCCAUGAUAAUUUCAUUUUGGUUCAGAACAGAAUAUUCUGUGUCAAUGAUGCAAAAAGGCAGCCUAGGUUGAACACCGGGUACUUUUUUCAAACAAGAGAUUAGAUGGUUUAACUAAUUUUUUUUUUUGUUGAUCAACAAAUGAAUGUUGUAAUUCUACUUAACUUAAUAGUGCAUCAUGCCACAAUGAAGGCUGAAGUAGCUAUUUAACUUGUUGAACAUUAUAUAGGCUCUGUUGUAUUCAACAAGUUACAAUUUGCCAAACAAUGAGAGCUGAAACAAUAAUAUUGUUGAUGAUCAAAUCUUGAACUGUGUGUGGCUGGCUUUCAAAUGCUUCAGGCUUCUUUUGCUGUAUAAUUUAGGCUCAUUUCAUAAAAUAAAUGAUGUAUAUGCAUGUGAUUAGUUAUACUUACACUGUUCUACUUUUUAUCCUCAUUUAGGAAACAGUGAUUUUACCCAUACAACAAAAAGAAAUUUUUCAAAGUUCCUCUCUUCUUAGUGCACCUAAAGGUAUUUUUUUAAAAAGUAUUUAUUAUUAUAAUGACAUGGACAAAUAGAAGGGCUAAACAAAAGCUUUUGAACCCUGUUUCCUUUUGUUCUUUCUGUUUCUUUAUCACUGAGGCAGUAAAAAAGACUUUGUUCUAAGUAUCAGUAUAAUUAUUUUGCACAAAUAUAUAUAUGCUUAAACUGAGGAAACAAUUUUGGAGUUCUCUUCUGGAGAUGGGAUGGCCAUAAAUUUUUAAGUGUUCAUCCAGGCAACAUGAAAGUCUAGCCAUUUGUACUUCAGAUGUAACAUAUCAAGAGACACUUGAUGAAACAUAUAAUAUCACAGCACCAUAGCUUGCACUUUGAUGAAACCACAAAAGAUAAUGUUACCCUCGCUUAAACGGCAUGUUGUUUAACCUGCUAGACCCUUUCUUUCUUCUUUUAAAUUUUUAAGGUGUACUACUGUAUGGUCCUCCUGGCUGUGGAAAAACUAUGAUUGCCAAGGCCACAGCAAAAGAAGCCGGUAAGAAUGUUUGUGGGUUAUUUUUUACUUUGAUAUAAAUGUUCGAUCUUAGAUUUUCCUUCUGUACCUUCUCCCUUGAUUUCAGGUUGUCGUUUUAUUAAUUUACAAGUGUCAUCUUUAACUGACAAAUGGUAUGGUGAAUCACAAAAGCUUGCUGCUGCCGUUUUUUCUCUGGUAAGCAUUGAUUUUGCUUAUUGCUUAUUUUUCAAAUAUAUGUUGUGGUUCAAUUUUAUCCCUGGUUUAAAUUUUAUUUCCUUUUGUUUUUGGGGAAUAGUAUUGUAUGAUAAUGAGUUUGUUUUUUAAUUCAACAAAGAAAAAGAAAAACUACGGACAAUUUUAUUGCAAAACUAAUUCUGUUCAUCCAUUGUAUCUCUAGAGUUACCUUAUUAAUUAUUAUUAUUACUCUUAUUAUUAUUAUUAUUCUAAAUUUUGUGAUAACUUAUUCUUCUUAUUUUUCCAGGCAAUUAAACUUCAACCUUGUAUAAUAUUUAUUGAUGAAAUAGGUAAGCAUAAAGGUUUUCUUCAUCAGUUAAUGCAAUGCUUCAGUACUACCAUGCAAGCAGAGGUUUCUUGCUAGCAUCUUUCUGGCAUCACUUAUGAAGUUACUCCCAUUGCUGUCAGUCAGGUAGUUGGUACCGGUAUGUUUUCUUGUGAGGCUGUAAACAAACCAAUUAUGCAGCAUACGGCAACGUGAAUGACUCUAUAAAUGCUUAAGUUGUUCUUUCUUUCCCUAUGCAUUUUGUGCUUGCAUUUAUGUGUAGAAUUUUUAGUGCAAUAUGUCUGAAGAUAUGAUAUUGAUCUGUGUACAUGUACAUUUCAGACUCUUUUCUUAGAAUGCGAGACAAAACUGAUCAUGAAGCUACAGCAAUGAUGAAGGCACAGUUUAUGAGUCUAUGGGAUGGUAAGCAUUUUGUUUAAUGUUGUACCCAUAUCUCUUGUCAAUGAAGGCCAGAUCUGGUCAAGAAAGAAAAUUUUUUUUUUAAAUUUCCUGUACUUAAACUGCCAAGAGAGUAGGGUGAAGAAGUGGCAUGGGUGUUCUCAUUUGCACAUUCUAUCAGUUUAAGUUUAUUCAUACUUUACCAUCCGUACAAAAAUUAAAAUCUAAAAGGUAAUAAAUAGAUGGAAGGAUAGUAGCAUGGAGAAACUAAAUUAGUAAUAAUAAAAAUAAUGAUGAAAAGGAUAAUGAUAAUAAUGAUGAUAAUAAAAAGUCUUUGCCUCCCAAAGUCCAUGGUUUGGACUCUGAUGUUGAGAGAGAAAAUCACUUGCAAUUACACUAGUAUAUCUCAUAUAUAAUAGAAAUAAUUUAUUUAUAUAGUGCCAUUUCCAAUGAUGUCCAAUGGGGCUUUACAUUAAAUGUUUAAAAUAUGACAAAUAUUGUUCAUAAGAGUAUUACAUUGUGAAAUUACAUCACAUAGAAACGAAUUAAAUAUAAUAGAACUAACUGAUAAAAAAAAUGCUUUCCCUAAAACAAUCAAAAUUUAAAAGGACUAAUUUAAUAAAAACGCUUUCCCUUUCCUGAUUUUUUUUUUAGGGCCACAAUCCUUUCGUACAUGUAAACUGAUUUGUAUAUGCACACAUUAAAAUAGUUUCUGCAAUUCAUUCUUUGCAACUCUUCAUUUUCAAAAAAUCUUUUUGCUUGUAAAGCAUUUUGCAAAGUAGGAGAAAACAAAAUUUUGUAACACAGAAAUUGAUGUUUAAUAAUAAAUAACAGUAAUAAUAACGUGGGCUGAGUUUUUGGUUUUUUAGGUCGUAAAUAAAUAAUUUAAAUCCAUGGCGUUAAAUGUUUGAUUGUUUUACAGGUCUGAUGACUGAUUCAUCAUGUCAGGUUAUUGUUAUGGGUGCCACUAACAGACCUCAAGAUGUUGAUAGAGCAAUCCUCCGAAGAAUGCCAAGUACUUUUCAUGUGGGAUUACCGGUUAGUUUACCAUGUUACAGUUAAACAUUCCUUUUAUAGUUUCUUUUUGGGCUUCCUCACCCAAUUCAUUUGCUUUGGUGUAAUCUUGUAUUCUAGUCCUUUGCAUUUCUGGGUAAAAUUAACUGAAUUGAAUUAACUACAGCUAACAAUUUUUAGCAGAUGUAUAUUUAUAGAAUAGUUUAUUAAAACUAACUUGCAGUAAAAAAGAACUGAAUUAUCAAGUACAUUUUACAAUCAUAAGGCAACUAUUAUCUAGAGUAUAGUAAUUUACAGUUAUAACAAUGAAAAUAACAAUUGAAUCACUUAAAAAAUUAAAUGUAAAGAAGUCCUCCACUCUCUUUGUCCUACAGACCUGCAUGUUCCUGAAAAGAUAAUACUUUUGUGUUUUCUGCCUUAAGGUGUAGUUAGGUGCGUCCAGAAGUGGGCUGGGAAGUAGGUGGUGCAGAGGGUGGCUGGGGGACUUUAUUUUCGCCAUUAUUUGUAGCACAAGNAAUCAUAAGGCAACUAUUAUCUAGAGUAUAGUAAUUUACAGUUAUAACAAUGAAAAUAACAAUUGAAUCACUUAAAAAAUUAAAUGUAAAGAAGUCCUCCACUCUCUUUGUCCUACAGACCUGCAUGUUCCUGAAAAGAUAAUACUUUUGUGUUUUCUGCCUUAAGGUGUAGUUAGGUGCGUCCAGAAGUGGGCUGGGAAGUAGGUGGUGCAGAGGGUGGCUGGGGGACUUUAUUUUCGCCAUUAUUUGUAGCACAAGAGUACUCUUCUGUCAUCUAACCUAUCUAGUUUACCUAACUAUAAGGCAUGAGCAUAUGACUCUGCCUUGGGGUAGAUUAUGUUAAGCGCCCUUUUUUGCACUCGCUCUAUGGCUUCGUACAGAUAAGCAGGGACGUUCUGCCAGACUGGUACAGCAUACUCUAAAACUGGCCACACUGUGCUAAGGUAUAUCCGCAAGAUGUUGGGUUGGCUCACCCUGGCUCUACGGAGAACUCUAAGGGAGUAUAACUUCUUACAAGCUUUCUUAAUAAUGUAAUCAACAUGACAGUUCCACUUCAGGUCAUUGUCCAUAAUAACUCCCAAGAUCUUAUAGGCACGGUUGAUUAAAUGUGUAUGUACUGACAAUUUUUUUUUUCAUCAGAAUUUAGAACAACGCAAAGAAAUCUUGAACAUAAUUCUCCAGGGGGAAAAGGUAAUUAAUAAAAAGUACAGUGGAAAUGACAGUCCAACGUGUAGGCCACUUGAAGGUGUCUGAAUAACUUGCUGACUUAAGUUUGGCAUCUUUUCUCUCACCAAAGACUCCUAAUAUAUCAAAGAGAAUACUACUUGACUCCGCAGUAUUAAUGGUGGUGUUGGUGAAUGUAAUACAGUCGAACCUCUAUGUGCGACCACCUCUUGUAAAGCAACCACCUUCCAUAAGAAACCUCCAAUCCAAAACACCAAUUUUUUGUAAGAGACCUCCAGCACUUUUUUGGAUGAUGGUUUGUAGAAUUUUCCAUUUUUUACCCCUGUAAGAGACCACUCGCCCUAUCGUUUUAACUCUAAUGUUCACUGAAUGUACUACGUACCAUCGUGCAAAGAAAGUAGUGUCCGAUAGGCCGGGGCUAGUGGAUUUUGCUACUGGGCUAGUGAAUUCUGUUCUUAACUUGCCCGAAGGACAAGUGAAUUAUUUUGAGGAAUUCAACUUACAGAAGAAGUGUGAAAUCAAUUCUGCUCAUCAAAAAAUUUGGGGGGGGCUAGUUGAAAUGAUGUUUGGGCAAGUAAAUGCUAGCUUCAGCUUGCCCGACUGGCAAGCUGUAAAAAUGACUUCUUUUGCCCCCUGCAUAUGCUACUCAUAGAAUGCCAAAAAAAAAAUUAAUUUUAGUGUCAACAUGAAACUACCAGAUUGUGACUCCGAAAUUGCAUGCAAUGAACUCUUUCAAAAUGAAGACGUAUUCAAACAUUUCCUAAGAAAAGACCCCUGACCCUGUAGAUCAAUUCUCGUAAGUGGCCACUCAAUGUAAGCGACCACUACAUCUUGGCAUUUUAGGUGGUUGCUUACGGAAGGUUUCACUGUAUUUCACUUGGACAGCUCUAUAAAAGUAAAAAUUGAAUGCUUUAUAUCCCAGAUUUAACUCAGUCAAACACUACAUGUAUUUUCUAAAGUUCACUUUUCCUUUGUUUUUUGCAACUUGUCAUUGUUAGGUUGAAGAGGAUGUUGAUUUUGAUGAAUUAGCAGCAAUAACUGAAGGAUUCUCUGGUAGUGGUUUGAAGGAGAUAUGUGAGUUUUAGUUUAAGUACAUCCACAAGCACUUCAUCAGUGUUUCAAUGAACUCCUAACUAACAGUAUUAAAAUUAGUGAUAAUUAUCGCCGUUUAAAGAGUUUUUUGACAAGGCUAACAAGUUUCCGAGGUGAAAAAUUUCCUUAGAAAGCAAGAUGAGAAGCAAUGGAACCCCCCUUCCCCCCCCCACCCCCCACAAAAACGUUAACUUCGUCUGACAGAAAGACUAGAAUACAUGCUUUUAAACAAAAUUAAUGCAACAAUUCAGUAACUUUGUUCUUAACACACCUUGUUUGGUUUUUCAGGUCGGGUUGCAGCUAUGUCAUGUGUAAGAGACUUCAUGAAAACCAGAAAAAAUUCUCAAUCAUCGUAAGUUGUGUUUUGUGUUCUAUUUUAAAACUGAAAAUCAUAAGGGACUUGUAAUUACACUGUAAGGCUACUUCAUGGCACUUCUAUUGAUGUUCAUUGUAGAAAAGUUCUGAUCUAGAAGGGAAGUUUCUUUCCAAAGUUACUAGUUCUAUACCAGGGAAGUUUACAAAAAGGUUUCACUGAAAGGACAUUUUUAUCAAGGCUUUGUCACGAAUCUUCUGGAGAAUGAGGGUACUUCUCAGUAUGGCUCUCCUUGAAGAGGGUUUUUAUUACCGAUGCAUGCAACUUGUUUUAAAAUGGUGUUAAAUGACGCAAUUAGAGUCUGAAACCAUUUGCACAUACCAUAGUUAUAGAGAACAUUGUGAUGUUUAGUAUGUUAAGACAGAGACAAAGGAAACAUGUCAGUGUUAGAGAAUUUUCUAACCCAUUUGUGACAUAUAUAAGGCAUAGGUUUUUCAUUGCUACCUCACUUUAGUCCUUUUUUGAUUGCAUAAUUUCGCUCUAUUUCCUUCACUUCCCACCCUCUUAUAUCUCCCACUUCUCAAUCUCUCAUCUCCUGCCCCCCUUACCAACCCCUCCCACCCCCCUUUAUCUUGGGCUGCCACCACCCUGUCCUCCCUCACUAACAAGAGUACUCUCCCUCAGUGCAGUUUUUCUUUCUCUCUUUUUUUUAAGGAAUGAAAAAAUGAUGUUUAGUUUCAGAAAUUACUCAAUGUACUUUUUCCUACUAAAUUUCCCUCUUUUUUACAGGGGUGUUAAACUAGAUGAUGAAAGUGUCAAGUCACAUCUGCGACCAAUUCAAAUGAAUGACUUCAUAGUAGCUGUUGAGAAAUCAAAGUCAAAUACAGAUUUCCACAGAUGA